AUGGGCAUUGCUGUGCCCUCAAUCUUGAGAGACAGAGUUAUAAAUAAUCUGAACACAGAAGAAAGGUGGCUGGUUUUUGUUGGGCCUUACGAGCACCAUUCGAACCUCCUCUCAUGGCGGCAAAGCUUGGCUGAAGUUGUUGAGAUUGGUGUAAAUGAUGAUGGUUUGCUGGACUUGGAGGCUCUUAGACUGCAACUUGAGAAAUAUAAAUAUGCCAACAGGCCAAUUCUGGGUUCCUUCUCAGCUUGCAGCAACGUCACUGGGAUUUACUCUGACACAAGAGCCAUUGCUCGACUUAUUCAUCAAUAUGGGGGCUUUGCCUGCUUUGAUUUUGCAGCAAGUGGGCCAUAUGUGGAAAUUGAGAUGAGGUGUGGAGAGAUGGAUGGCUACGAUGGUGUUUUCCUGAGCCCACACAAGUUUCUUGGUGGGCCAGGAAGCCCAGGCAUCCUUAUGAUGAGUAAGGCUCUGUAUCAGCUCGGAUCUUUCCCUCCAUCGACUUGCGGAGGCGGAACUGUUGCUUAUGUCAAUGGCUUCAGCGAUAAGGACACUUUGUAUUGGGAGGACAUAGAAGAAAGGGAGAACGGUGGUACUCCUCAAAUCAUUCAGACAAUUCGAGCAGCACUGGCUUUUUGGGUGAAGGAAUACAUUGGUUAUCAAGUGAUAGAAAAACAUGAGGAUUUCUAUGUCAAAAGGGCACUAGAGAGGCUUCUUCCUAAUAACAACAUAUGGGUUUUAGGAAAUACAAGUGCCAAGAGACAAGCUAUUUUCUCUUUCCUCAUUUAUUCCACCACCAAUCGUCCGUCAACAGCUGGCACGAAAAUAGAAGGUGGUGGAGAGGGUCCAAAGGAAGGGAUUUACAUGUGGAGGGAGACAGGAAAUGGCAAAGGUAAGCCCCUUCAUGGGGCCUUUGUUGCAGCUCUGCUCAAUGAUCUAUUUGGUAUUCAAUCUAGAGGCGGGUGUGCUUGCGCUGGACCCUAUGGUCACAAUCUGCUCAAAAUUGAUGACACUCUUUCACAUUACUAUAGAUCUGCCAUUCUAAAGGGCUAUCUCGGAGUGAAACCUGGAUGGACCAGAAUCAGCUUUCCCUACUACAUUUCAAACGACGAAUUCGAGUUCAUUUUAACUGCGUUGGAGUUUAUAGCUAUUUACGGACAACGGUUCCUUCCUCUGUAUCACUUCAAUUUGAGAAGCGGAAGCUGGACUUUCAAGAAGAAGGCGCAUCAAGACCUACUUGACAAUGCUAUACAAGGAAUGAACAUCGGCCAUGACCAAUCUAAAGAUGGCAACAAUGCAGAGAAGCACGAUCAAUUCGCAAAAUUUUCUGAUUAUUUGGAAACCGCUAAGCGCAUAGCAAAUCUCUUGCCCAAGUUUCCUCCUCAGCGUAGGCUUCCGGAAGACAUAGACAUCAACUUCUUACAUUUCAGAGUCUAA